UACCAUGGCCAAGACAGUAAACUCUAGUUCCAUUCGUACAUUUUGAUAUGUCGUUCCUCCGGCCGUUUUGGGUCCGUUACUGAAUUAAUAUAUUUACCAUGGAGGAAAAUGGCAUUCGAACGUAGCUCAGAGUUCUUCAGGGUUCCGUUUGAUAAAUGAUCACUCAAUUCAAAAGGUUCCCGGGUCUUUCUCGAGCUACAAAACCCCUCCUAAGCCCCACCGUCCAUUUCUCUCGCUCUCUGCUACAAUUCGCAGACAUGAGAGCAUUCAGAGCGCUCCACUUCCACAAACACCUAUUCAAUCCCUCUUCAAACAGGCGCUUGUUAAACCCUCCAAUAACUUCAUGUAAAUAUUCCCCAAACCCUAGAUUUUCCCGCCAUUUCGGGUCUACUCCUCGCCGCAUGUCCCCUGAGGAAUCGACCGCCGUUAGCCACGAUGUGAGCGGAUGGGGUGGAGGCCCCAAAGAACAGUCCAGCAUCGAGACUUUCUACGAGCCCACCACCGGCCGGGUCGUGACACGAAGAGGACAGUCCAAUGACGAGGCAUCUCCAAGAGAAGCCGGUUCGAGUACGGGAAACGGGGGCUCUUCCAAUUCUACGAGCUCUCGUUAUGAGUAUGGUUCUGAGAGUAGGGUGUAUGGGGAGGUUGUUGGGAGUAGAGGUGGGAAAAGGAAGGGGAAAGGGAAGAGUAAAGCAGUAUGGGUGUGCUCCGACUGUGGAUAUACAGAUGGGCAGUGGUGGGGGGUUUGUAAGGAAUGUAAUGCUGUCAAUACCUUGAAGCGGUUCUCCCAAGGGGAUGAUCUUCCCACUGGCGGGCUUGGGAUAUCUGAAAAUGUAAUAAGGUCAUGGUUACCUCAACGCUCUGACAAUUCUAUGCCGAUGAAAUUGUCAGAUGUGAACAAGGGGAUUAAUAAGAUUAAUUGGAGAAUUCCAUUAUCUGGACUUUUUGGAGCUGAAGUUGAAAGAGUGCUUGGUGGUGGUCUGGUUCCAGGUUCCUUAGUUUUAGUAGGUGGAGAUCCUGGUGUUGGCAAGAGCACAUUAUUGUUGCAGAUUGCAGCUAUACUCGGUGAAGGACAUGGUACAACUGAAUCUGCACCGGUUGUUUAUGUCUCUGGUGAAGAGAGCAUUGAGCAAAUUGGAAAUAGAGCUGACCGUAUGAGAAUUGGGACCGAACAACUCUUCUUAUACACAAGUACAGAUGUUGAGGAUAUUCUGGAAAAGGUUCAGCGUUUUUCACCACGUGCUUUAAUAAUUGAUUCCAUUCAGACAGUUUAUCUCAGAGGAGUAACUGGAAGUGCAGGAGGCCUAACACAGGUCAAGGAGUGCACUGAAGCAUUUCUUCGUUUUGCCAAGAAGACUAAUAUUCCUGUUCUUUUGGCUGGGCAUGUCACUAAAUCUGGUGAAAUAGCUGGACCUCGUGUGUUGGAGCACAUAGUUGAUGCUGUCUUAUAUAUGGAGGGGGAGAAGUAUUCUUCUCAUCGAUUACUAAGGUCUGUGAAGAACCGUUUUGGAUCCACAGAUGAGCUUGGUGUAUUUCAAAUGUCAGAGUCAGGUUUACAAGCUGUUGCAAGCCCUAGUGAAAUGUUUCUAAGUGAACAGCAUUCAGAUUCUGAUGUUUUAGCAGGGCUUGCUGUUACUGUAGUUUUGGAUGGAUCACGUGCCUUUGUCAUUGAAAUUCAGGCAUUGUCUGUUGCUGGCUUAUCUAUGUCAAGAGCAGUACAGGGUGUUCAACCAGGCAGAGCUGACUUGAUUGUUGCAGUUCUCACGAAGCAAGCUGGUCUCAAGCUACAGGAGAAUGGCAUUUUUCUGAAUGUCAUCAGUGGAUUUAAACUGACAGAGACUGCUGGGGAUCUCGCUAUAGCAGCAGCAAUUUGCAGCAGUUUCUUGGAAUGUCCAGUACCAGUUGGGUUCGUGUUCAUCGGAGAAAUUGGUCUAGGCGGUGAACUGCGUACGGUGCCAUUAAUGGACAAAAGGGUAAAUACAGUGGCAAAACUGGGAUACAAAAAAUGUGUGGUUCCCAAAUCAGCGGCGAAGUCGUUGGUAAAGCUAGAGCUUGGGGACAUUGAGAUUGUGGGUUGCAGUAAUCUGAAGGAGAUGAUCAAUGUUGUGUUUUGAAACCACCUCUAAACCUCCUCCCAUAUGUACACAAUAGCCGUAGUUGAUGAUCAAUGUUGUGUUUCUCUUUCAUCUGCUCUGCUCAUAUUCUGGAGAAAUCUGCAAUCUCCCCCAUUUUGCUUCAACUCAGCAAACCCAGAUUGUCACAUGGUCUCCUCCUCCUACAGGUUUUGUUAAACUCAAUGUUGAUGCUGCCUUUGAUUAUUCAAAUAAUGUGAUGGGGCCGGGUUGGGUUGUGUGCUUAGAAACGAAACAGGUGAAUUUCUUGCACGCCGUGGAAGUUCACAGUGAGAGAGGCAGAAGCUCUAAGUAUAAGAGAAGCCCUUUCAUGGAUUAAGGGUCUGGGCUGGCAUUGCAUUCAAGUGGAGUCUGAUGCUAAAUUGGUUAUUUAGGAUCUUGGAUCUAAAACAGUUUAUGCUCCGGCUGGUGUAAUUUAUGACGACAUUCAUGCUUUGACGACAAAUUUUGAUAGAAUUUUCUUCUCUUUUGUUAAAAGAAAAGAUCAACUAAUUUAGUAACUCAUGUUUUAGCUAAAGUUGCUUGUUCUAUGGCAAGGCUUAUUUACAUUAA